UGGAAAGAUCGGAAGUACAGUCAAAAAAUAGCUCUGCGAUUGCGAACUAGGCGCUAGUUGUUUGUGAGGACCUGUCAUGGUCGACAAGUCGGGAUGGGCGUUUUCUCCCCACUCCCAGCAGACACUGUAUUUAUCUGGAGCCUCGAUAUUUCGUUAAGUUGAGGCGGAGCGCCUGGUCGCCCGAGUUCUUGACUCAGGUUUCCCACAAAAGCGUGGUCAUACGAAACGCCCCGAAACUUUUCCACAAGCUCACUUAUCCCGCCCUCCUCCACACACAUACACACUUUGUGCUUCUCAGGAGUCGACUGACUUUGAACAUCAACCCUGCAAAAGAACAAGAGCGAAGCACACUCCACCUUCCUGGGAGAAAAAGAGGCAAGAAAGCACCGUAAACCCUAAUAUCGCACUACGGUUUGCCAGGUGCUUAAAAACAAAAAAGGCCAGCUGGUCGCCGCACGCUGCAUGCUGGGAUAAGUAGUUCCUCCAAGCCGCCCGGCGCCGGCUCCCGAAUGCAGGUCGCAUGAAUUGCCCCACGGAGAACUACUGUUCCCGUGGGGCCUCGCGGCAGAGUGGGCGGGGCGGGGUAGGAGGAGAUGCGUCGUGCUUGCGCAAGUCCAGGGGCUGGAGGGAGGCGGGGGCGCCGCGGUCCAACUGCUGAAGUCUCCAUGUGACAGUGAGCGGGGUUCCCUCUCCCGGCGCCGCACGACUCUGGGUCCCAGCCACAAGCGCUGUCCACUGUUUAUUGCCGACGGAGACCAACAGGCCCGGGAUACUUUGUGUUUGGCCGUACCACAGCUGAACUUGGGGUGCAGAGUGCAUUGCCGCCGCCGGUAGGACGCCUGAGGGACCUGGCCGAAAGAGGCGGAGCGGCGGAGCGAGCGGGGAUUUCUGUCAGAGCCGGCGCCCCUGAGCACCGAGACAUGAACGGCUUCACGCCUGAGGAGAUGAGCCGCGGCGGGGACGCGGCUGCCGCCGUGGCUGCGGUGGUUGCGGCUGCAGCGGCCGCAGCCUCUGCCGGGAACGGGAACGCUGCAGGCGCCGGGGCCGAGGUGCCCGGCGCCGGGGCGGUCUCAGCGGCUGGGCCCCCGGGGGCAGCCGGGCCGGGCCCGGGGCAGCUAUGCUGUCUGCGGGAGGACGGUGAGCGGUGCGGCCGAGCGGCAGGCAACGCUAGCUUCAGCAAGCGAAUCCAGAAGAGCAUCUCCCAGAAGAAGGUGAAGAUCGAGCUGGAUAAGAGCGCAAGGCAUCUUUACAUUUGCGAUUAUCAUAAAAAUUUAAUUCAAAGUGUUCGAAACAGAAGAAAGAGAAAAGGGAGUGAUGAUGAUGGAGGUGAUUCACCUGUUCAAGACAUUGAUACUCCAGAGGUUGAUUUAUACCAAUUACAAGUAAAUACACUUAGGCGAUACAAAAGACACUUCAAGCUACCAACCAGACCAGGACUUAAUAAAGCACAACUUGUUGAGAUAGUUGGUUGCCACUUUAGGUCUAUUCCAGUGAAUGAAAAAGACACCUUAACAUAUUUCAUCUACUCAGUGAAGAAUGACAAGAACAAAUCAGAUCUCAAGGUUGAUAGUGGUGUUCACUAGGAGAGAUGGCGUUAAGUCUAAUAUGUGGAUAUUCAGAGGUUAAGACUGUUUACCAUUUUUUCACAUGUAGAAAUGUUCUUUGUGUAUUUUUUCUACAGAGGAUUUUCUCUGGUUUUAUUUUCUUUGUUUCUGACUAAUAAUUAGCUGGAAACUCAGGUAAAAUGAGGUUCCUAGAUUAAAAAUAUUUUAAAUAAAGGUUAUUACUAUUAUAGUU